UCAUGUCUUAUCUAAACUUCCUUUCGACUAAGGAAGUACUAAAUCUCCAGUAUUAGUAUGCAAAAUCAUUUCCUAGUAUGACCUAUGUGAAUUGAGGUUGAACAUAAGAUACACAGAGUACAACUUGGGAAAAACUCAGUGAAAAAAAAAUCACAGCCAGGAAUUUUCUAUUAAAAAUAUCACAAUACAGCUACUUAUUAAUUCACUCUUCAUGAAGAUAAUAACUACCAUAGGGGAAAAAACCCUCAUUAGCCCAUUAUUGCAUGUUGAACGCAGCAAGCUUGAACCACCAUUGCAAAAAACUUCUUGGGAGCUCAGACUAUUUAACACCUGAGUGUUGCUGUGAACAGAACUGGUCAAAUUUGACAACAAAAGCCACAGCAGCAAAUCACUGUUUGGUGAGGCCCCUGGCAGCUCCAGGGGUUUGAAGAUUCCCUGUUUCUUAUGUAUUAUUUAGGUUAUUGCCUUUGAGGGGACAGAUUUGUUUUCUCAAGAAUUCUGUGAUAGAUUCAAUUUGCCCCACUGCUGCUGCUGAGCAUCGUUCCUGUGUAUAUUUUGAAUGGGAGCAAUUUCUCCCUGCCAGUUAAGCACUUCAGUCACAAAGCUGCCCGUGCAGUGCAAAGAGAUAGAGAGGAGCACCAACAAGGUGGGACAGGCACAUCACUAAACAAGGAUUAUCCCGACCUUGACCAUCAGGUUGAGUUUUUACUCCUGAAAUAAAUCACUGAACUGUUAAGGUUGGAAGGGACCUCUGGAAAUCAUCCAGUCCAAGCCCCUGCCAAGGCAGGGUCACCCAGAGCAGGUGACACGGGAACACGUCCAGGUGGGUUUGGAACAUCUCCAGAGCAGGCUGGAGAUGUCUCCACACCCUCCCCGGGCAGCCUCUUCCAGCGUUCCGCCACCCUCACGGAAAGUCCUAACGUAAAGUCACACAAAUACAAUUCCAUGGGGUAACAUCUUCACCUAGAACUGAAUGAGCCGUGCUCCAAUGAAGUCACCAGCGGCAGCUGCGGCGUGCCAGGGCCGGGCCCUGCUCUGUGCCACCCCCAGCCUGCGAGGGAUCCCGCCUGCGCUGGGCCCCGAGCGGCCCGGGGGCUGCGCUGCCCGUGCCGAGGGCGAGAGCCGCUCCUGCAGCGCCCGGAGGCGGGCCAGGGCUCCGGAGAGCCGCCGCGGGACGUGUCCCGCCUGGGCACCCCCGUUCCGCCUGGGCACCCCCGGCACCCCGGGCUGCCGCCGCUCAGCCAGCCCCGAGCACGCCGCGACCCGCCCCGGCCGCGCUGUGCCCGUGUCACAGGCUGCGAGCGGGGCCGCCGGGGCACCGGGACCGCCCGGGCACCGCUCCCGGCCCGCUCCCCGGAGCAGCCGCCCGGGAGGGCGCAGCCCCACGCCAGAUUGGGAUGCUGGGAAUGGUUUUUCCACACCUUUGCUGGAAGAUAGUUUGGAUCCAGUGGAACCUCCCACAGGUGUGGCUGCAGGGUGGAAUUCUCCACCUUCCUUGCUGGUUCCUGCACACAAGCCCAGCUCCCAUCGCAGGGGUCCUCCAAAAGGAAAAAGUCAAGCUAAAGGAGAACAUAGACCUCUGAAGCCUUCUGAACUUCUGGAUCAGAUGCUGAGUGAUCUGGAGAGACGCCGUGCCAAGCCUGUUGCUGAAGGGGAUCUGGCUUCCCAACCCACGUCCAGGACUGAGCCUAUGGGAACCAGGAGUGAUCCUCUGGAAGAUGAUGAGGGUGCAGCCGGCACCACUGCACGAGUGCCUGACCCCCAGAAGGGCGUUGGAAGUGGUUUCUGUCAGGGAAUACGCUGUUUGCUUGAGUUAAUGGCUAUCGUGGCUGGUGGGGAGCUAGUCUUCAUGUUGUGCUGCAUUGGAAUCUGGUAUUGCUGGAAGAGGAAACGGCACCUCCUUGAAGAAAAGCUGAAAGCUGGUGGCUGGUCCCGAGAUCUGUAUAACCAGAAGAGUAACAGCAGCAGCUCUGAGUCUGACCAGUUUAUAUUUGCACCUCCAAGCUCUGUGACACUUUGAGGCCACAGGUUCAGCCCUCCAUCCACAGCUGAAGGAGAAACUCCCAGGAAAGGAUUUGGAAUUGCUCAACACAACCUCAACUGAGAGCUUCCAAGAUCAGCCCUGCUGUUGCAAUAAAGAGA